AUGUUGCGUAGUGAAUUAUGGCUCUUCGGCAGUUCCCACAAGAGCAGUCGUAAUGUAGAGAACAGUUCAACUGCUCUUCCAUUUUUCUGUGAUCAUAAGGCAAAAAUGACAGAGGAAUCAGCAUGUGGCACCUGUUUUGCGUGCCAGCGGAUUCUAGGGGAAAGUCGCAGUGUGAAAGGAAGUGCUCGUCUCAAACACUCAAACAAAUUAGUAAAUGAAGCCAUCUCCGAUAUUGUAAAUGAAACAGUUUCAGCUCCCAAAUUGUGCUUUAGAUGUUAUAGAUUAGUUUUAGGUAUUGAUUAUCAUCAACAUGAAUUUCAUAGAUUAAUGCAAUCUUUCAUAAAGAUAUUUAAUGAAAAGAAUAAGGCAGUGGGAAGUGUUAAUGCAAAGAAGUCCAUACUAGUAGGUAACAAAUCACCAUUGUUGUGUUCUGAAAUAAUACAAGCUGGAGCAAAAUCAGAAGUUUCAUGUAAAGAUGUUAACAUUGCUUUGAGUAAUGAUAAUGAUGAAGUUAAGAUUAUAGAUCCUGUCUUGGAGUCAGUUCAAUUAGAAUUUUUGGAGUAUGACUCUAGAGAAGUAGUACCCUACAUUCAUUCAGCUAUAGGAAAUGAUGAUGAAACUAUAAGAGAAGAGAGUGAAAGAGAGUAUGGACAAGGAAAAUAUAAUACCCCGAGCUUUAGUAGCAGUGAAAGAGAUUUCAAGAGAGGUCAGUUGGAUGAAGUGGACUUGGCUGGCUUAUUAACACAGUCAAGAAGAAGAUUGAAAGUGCCCAAAAAAUAUGAGGAUUAUGAGUAUUACCCAGAAAACUGCAGUCAACAAAAGAAUGAACCAGAAGUGAAGGAACAGCAAGAGGAAUCUUGUGAUGGUAGUCCCCCUUUCAAGUGUAGUCUUUGCCAAAAUUUCUUCAGCACUAAGAAAUCUUAUAGCUGUCAUGAAUGCUUCAAAAAAGAGAAAGAAGAUAUUACUUACAGAUGCAAAGGUUGCCAAGAGAUAUUUUCAGUCAGACGGGAUUACAUCAAGCAUAUAGACUUGUGCUACAAAAAUGUUCCUGUUGAGUGUCAUCUGUGUUUGAGCAAACUUCAAAGUGCAGCCUAUCUUCCAAGACACAUCGAGUCAUUUCACAAAGGAUCUCCCGUCAAUAAGAAGAAUACUCUUUGUGAGCACUGUGGGAGGGGUUUCAGCAGAAAGGAGGCAUUGGAACGGCACCAAGCACAAGCCCAUGGCUUGGCUCAUGGGACUCACCAGUGCCCACAGUGUGGUCGUACUUUCCUCCACACAUCCCUUCUAGCAGAGCAUAUGAGAGCACAUAAAGGAUACACAUGUGCAAUCUGUAGUAAGAUCUUCAGUUGUAUGUCAAACCUCAAAUUACACAAGAAGGCACACCAUCAGAAAGUUACCUCAUAUAAGUGUUCAGGUUGUAAUAAAUCCUGGAAGUUUCACGCAAGUUACACAUAUCAUAUGCGUAAGGUUCAUGGGGCAUUACUUCUAAAGUGCUCAGCGUGCAAAGAGCGCUUUUCAACCCAAGCUGAACUGGAGCAUCAUAAAGAAACAUGCCAGUCUAGGCCUAGUCAAGGAAGCACAAAGGAAGGUUCUGCCAGUGAAGAAAAAAAUGUUAGGAACGAGACUGAUUUGGCUUCAGCAUGCCAUUCAUCAAAGCUUUCACCUAAUGAAACUCUAGGAAAGAGGAGUCAAGGAACCAAAAUUGUAGACUCAGACAAUGGUUCUUCCUCAGUCUGCAAUAAACGGAAAGUAAGCAAUGGAACUGCAAAAAAAUAUGAUGCAGGAGGAAGCAAAAAUAGGCAUACGUAUUCACAAUCACAAAACACUUUGAACCUAAAUGUCCAACCUGGGAAAGAGGCACAUACUCUAAUGGAAACAAGAAAUCUCAGUAUUGAAGUAAAUGAUGUUCCUAAUAAACCUAAAGAUGAAUUAUUGCUAGUGCCACAAAUGCCGCAGGGAGAACAGGUCAUAUACGAAGUUGGGGAACAAGAAUCCAUUGAGCCGCCAACAGAUAAUAUUAUUGUAGAAACACUUGAUGAUCUAACAAAUGAUUGCCAUUAUGUCAUUCUUGUAGAUGAAAUGGAUUAAGGUGCUGCAUAUUUUAAGUGAUAUUCUGCCUUUAUAAUGUCUUCCAUAAAGACAUUUAUCCUGAAUGAAACACACUAUGCAUACAUCUUUUACCAUCUUUCUACUGAAAUGUAACAUUGAUGUGUAAAUACAUUUAUGUAAUAUAGUGCCCUUCAAAGUUAAAGAAUCAUUUGUUCUUGAUAUUACUUUUCAGUGUUGUAUUAGCCCUGUUGUGUUGCUUUUGUUGCAAUUUUUACAUGAUUGGUAAUCUUUUUCAUUAAUUUUUUUUAGUAGUAUGUGUGUCACUACAUCAGGGUUAAGUCACAAUUAACUUCGGUAAGGUAAAGAGCCAUGAUUAAUAAACAUUUAACAAAGUAAAAUGUAUCAAUGCAUUUUAUUUUACAUAUACAUUAUUCAUGUAUUUUUUUUUUCAUGAGUUCUUCAGGAAUUACCUUCUCAGUCAGGCAAAUGGAGUUUUCUAUUAACAGUUACAGAUUUUAAUUUUUUGAUACUGUAUAGCUUUAAACCUAAAUAACACAUGCCUCUAAAUAUUUUUGUUGCUUAAGAACAAAAUAUAGUACUUACCAUAUCUAGAUAUACAUAUGCUCAGGCCAUUUUGCUUGCCUUGAAUGCAAUUUUUAGUGUUUUGCAAAUAUACAUAUUCCAUAAGAAAUUGUUUCGAAGACGUUGACCAGUGCUGUUUCUUAUAAGAGUAUUUUUCCUUUCUUUUCUUUCGGUAAGCACCUAAGAUUCAACCUUGCUUUUGAAUAAGCAAAGUUCAUGUUAUUAUUCAGGAUGCCCCAGUCAUCGCUCUUUGAGGCAAUAAAAAAAUGUCAUUACAGUGGACAUUUGCCACAAUCAAAUUAGUCAUUAAUAAUAUAUCAUUCUGUGAAAUAUGUGUUCAGAUAUCUGAAAAUCUUGACAUAUUAGGUGUAUUAUUGUUAAAAACUGCUAUUUGCAAAGGCUCUCUAUUAUAUUCUAGGAAUGUUUGUUUUUAUGAUUUCAGACUGAAAUUUUUUGAUAAUGUUUAGCUUUAUUAUGUAUUUAGUUUUUCAGAAUUUUGGUAUAUAUAUAGUUCUUGUUUGUUAACAUUAGAUUAGAUAUAAUGGUUUAAAUAUUUUUAAGCAUUUUUUUUUUGGUGGAAAUGGCAGCAUGCGUAUGACAAAUCCUUGGGCCUUUGAUCUGAAUUUGGUUAACGAAAUUAGCAAGUUGCAAAAUACUCAGAAUAAUUGCCUUUAGUAUGGACCAAAGUGUCACCAAAGGAUAGAGAAAUAGUGAGUGAUUUUAUCAGUUUUUGAUACAGCUGCAUUUUAAGGUUAUUAGUUUAAAAAUCAAUAUUUAUUUUUUUAGAAGGUUAUUUUCAGUAAAGCAGCUAGAUUGCUGUCACAUUAAGGAGUGUGUAAUCUGUUAAAUAGAUAUUAUAUAACUUCAAAUGCUCCAUUCAUUUCUUGUUUGUUUUAUGAGUAACAUCAAAAGAUUAUGAGUAUGUAUACUCACAAGGUUCCUUCACGUAAGCUAACAGGGUUGUAAUCUGUGCCAAAAAAGUAACUUAAUUUGUUUUAUAGAUGUAUUUGUUAAGUAAAGUGUGUUCAGUCUGGAUAUAUAGUCAUGCCAUGGUUUGUUAGUGCCAUAGUGACAUUGUUUUCACCACACGCCAUCACUCGAUGUCUAACCUGAUAACAUUUCAUGAUAACAAAACUUUAAUCCACAGCCACGGGGAAAAUGUAGUAUUCACUGUAGUAUUGUUUUGUGAAAUGUCUCUGCACAUAGAUGACUCCACAAGUGCUUAGCAACCAAGUAGUCAGUUAGUUGACCUUGUGACCUCACUUGAUUUCAUUUUUCAUCAAUAUUGAUGCUGUUAUUAUUAGAGACAUUAUAAUUAAAAUAGUGUUAGUGACAUUACUACCAGCAAUAUAAGAUAAAAGAACAUAUUUCCAAAAGUGAGAUAGUACUAGUAGUUGGAUAAUUGGUGAGCCAUCUAUGUGAACAGAGAAUUAAUAAACUAAACACACAGUGGGCUUGGUAUGUUCAUACGGCUUCAGAUUUAAUUCUGUAGUUAUUUUGCAUUACAAGUAUUCAUCUAUAUAAUUGUGAAUAAGCCUCUAAAAUAGAUGAAAGCUAAGGAGAGGCCAUAGGCAUAAAAUAAGAGCUAUCAUAUCAAGAAUAAAGUACAUCUAAGACAAAAGAUUAUGAUGGUUAGCAUACAUUAUCAGUGAUAGAACCAAGGUAGUUUUUGAAAUGAAAGAAUUUGUAAUUGUAUAGGCUUCAUUCGCUCCCUUCCCUCUGAACAUGAUUACUGAUCAGCUGAUCAGUAAUUAAGCAUUUACCCAAUGGUGGGUGACUUAGUGCCACCACAAAAAUAGCAAAUCCAAUUAUAGUCAAACUUUUCAGUCAUGUGCCAUUAAUAAAUGAUUAAUAUCAAAAACUUAAUUUUAAAUUGAUGAGAAGCUGAACUUGAGAAGAAGCAAAUACUAUCACUAUAAUUAGGUGUCAGAUAUUAUUCCUACCAACUGUAAAACAUCCCUGUCAGUCAUAUGAUUCAUCAUCAGCUAACACCAGUGGGGGCGCAUAGCUGCAUACACCCCUCAUUUCCACUUACAAGGGUCCCUCAUGGCGAGCCACCAGGCAGAGGCCUGGCCCAUUUAUAGCUCUUCAUUACAGGUUUGAUUGAUCUGCCCAAGCCAUGCCUUCCUAGGUCAUCCCACAGGCUUCCUUGACCCAGAGUUGUCUCAAACAGAAACAACCUGGUGGACAAGAUCAUCCUGUGGGAAACGAGCCAGGUACCCGUAUAGCCUAAGUUGUUCAAGUAACAGGUCCUGUACCAGUCUCACAGUGCAACCGUUGGUUGGACACAUGGUCCCGCCAACUGUACCCCAUGAUCUGGUGUAAGGACGUGUUACAAAAAGCAUCAAGACGAGAUUCCAAAGCUCAAGAUGGCGCCCAGGUUUCACUACUGUAUAGUAAAACUGUUACCCCCUGCUGCCAGGCCAAUCCGUCUACUGACUUCCUGGUCUGACAGCUUGGAGUCAUGAACUGUACUACCAAGGUAUAUAAAGCUCUCUGUGACCUCGAUGUUCACUGCAAGCAUGUACUGACUA